GACACAAAUUAGGUGACUUUUAGGUCCCGCAACUAACAGAGACCCAGCACUAAUAUCGGGUCUCAAGACUCACCGCACGGUUAUAACCCCUAGUCCGCCACUGACCUCGUCUUUGGUCCCUUUCUCUCUCUCCCAUGGCCGCCUCGUCAUCUUCCUCGUCCUCUUCGUCCUCCGACGUCUCGUCGUCUUCCUCCGGCAGAGACAUCCGUCUCAGUCGCCGCCGCCGCCGCCGAGACAACAAAGACAGAGACUCCCGAAAACUCCGCAAGACCAGCCGCUCCCACGCCAAACGCCGUCGUAGGCGUCACUCUUCCGAUUCUUCUUCCUCCCACGAAUCUGACAGCUCUUCAGACAGUGAGAAUGAAGCUUCUAAUCCGACAAAGAGGCGCAAACAAAAUGAUAGACCUAAAAAGAGCAAGGAAAAGGACAAAGGGAAGAGUCAUCGGCACAAACGUAAUAAGCAUAAAAUUAAAGAGAAGCAGCAGGAUGAGAGAAGUAGCAGUCCUGUUCAGCUUUCAAAGUUUCUUGGUCGCCACAAAGAGGAGGAUGGUGUCCGCCGCAGUGCCGUCUCUGGCAAGAAGAUACUGUUGAAGCUUGAUAAAUCAAAGGAGGACAAGGCUGCAGAAAGUAAACGAACUGAAUUGCUGAAAUUCUUGAAUGCUAGUUAUGAUUGAUUGCUUGAGUUUGGGGUUUGAAGUGCUGCACAUCUCAUGGGCAAGAUCCAAUAUCUGCUGGUCUAAUUGUGAUUUGAUUGUUAUGCUUCCUGGAGUCCGAUAUGGCUUUAUUUUGAAGUAUGAUCACUGGUUGUGUGCACUCCAAGUCUUUCUUGAGAAAAGUGUCAUAAGCUUGUAUUUUAUGAAAAUGAUGUAGUUUUUCGUCGAGUUGAUCAUUGUUCUUAAAAUCACAAUUUUUGAUGUUAUUUAUGUGUAUCCUUGCAAGAUUUUUGUCUUUAUGACUUUGAAACAUUUGUCAUGGCAUUGGUUUUAUUGUGAAUUACACCCAGUUGAUAUCA